AUGUCUACCCCAGCUCAGACGAACGCUCACAACAACGGUCCCAUCGACCAUAACGACCUUAACGAGUGGAAGGACCGCUUCAAUGAUGUCCUCGCCCGUCCCAGCGAGCAUGUCAACUCCAAGUCGCCCGAGUCUUCUCAACCUUGGCAGAACAGCUUCUUUGGCUGCUUCAGCCCCGUCAGCCUUUGCGCGAUCACCUGCUGCGUCCCUUGUGUGACCUUUGGCAAGACCCAUCACCGUCUCCGAAAGAACGGUAACCUUCAGGGAUACGAGCCCAUCAACACCUCUUGCCUCCUCUUCUGGGGCUCUACCUGCUUCGGUCUUCACUGGAUCCCUCUCGCUCUCCAGCGCGCUAACCUCCGCGAGAAGUACAACCUUCAGGGCAGCUGUCUUGUCGAUCUCGCUACUGCAUGCUGCUGUGGUUGCUGCGAUCUCAUCCAGCAAGACAAGGAGGCCGAGUACCGCGAGGCUCACACAUCGGCCCCAGCUGAGGGCUACAAGGCCAACGAGGGCAUGACUGUUCCCGCCUAA